CUGCAAUAUAUAUCUUAGACAUUAAUUAGUGACAUCACAAUGACAAACAGAUGAUAAGAAGGACCGUAGACAUCACAAAUUCACAGUGAUAAGCACACACAUGUAUCACUGCUACAACAAUGAAAGAAUUUAAGUCUACCCUCUUGCUUACAAUUGUGUGUCUCCAACAAAACUUUGAGUCAAAUCUGUCCAUUACUUAACUAUACAUCAACCAUAAAUGGGUAGAAAAGUCUAUUUUCCAAUCAUGAUAAAAUUCUAAAUAGCUAAAAAAAAAUUAUUGAUUUUUAAAUGUGACAAAAUUGGGCAUGCGAUGCCAGCAACAUCAUGAUUAUAAAGGUGCAUAUAGUGAUGCACUAUGGUUGAAUAUCUCGAGAUAGAAUCUAAUUUCAAUUUUUAAAAAAUCAGAUUUCUUACAUCCACACCAAAACUCUGCGGAGUUCUGAGAAGUCUGAUUUUAAUUAGAUUGUCUCAAGGUACUUAAUGACAUGCAUAGAAGUACAGGUAAUAAAAAAUAUCAAGUGUAAAUGCAUGGAAUUCCAUUGUCAAGAAAAGAGAUACAUAACAAGAACUAGUGUGGCAAACUGACUAUGUUCUGUAUGUCGUAAUACAUGCUGUACUUCAAUUUUUUCUCCUUCUUAAUAAUUGUCUUAGGUUUCUUCAUCUUUUUAUGUAUUUAACAUAUAACUAUGUUCCAGGGGUGUAUCAAAUUGACAUCGUAUAGAAUUUGUUAAAUUGUUAAUCCUUCAAACCAAUCCUUUUAAAAACAAGAAUGAAUUAACACUGUAUGGUUAAAAAUUAAUGGAAUCCAACAACACGUUCUUCAAUCUCCACAUUAUCAUCACCAAAUACAUUUUAAAUUUGUAUUUCCCACACAAAUUUUUCACUGUUAUUUUCUACCCUAUACACCACCUUCUACAAGUAUCAAAUUGUGAAAUUAGAAAUAAUUGGAUGUUAUUUGGAGAUGGCACAGCCUGGAUCAUGUGUUAACAUGUUCAAUUCCUUAUCUCAAACAAAAUCUUCCCUCAUCAUUGCAGCUGUGCCCCUAAUCUGCCAAAUCCAAUACAGAUUUACGUCCACUGAUCCUGGAUAAACACCAUCAUUUCUUUAUCAGCACUCUAAACUUAAACCAGCCUUAUGUUUUAGAGUAUAAUUAAUUGCAUGUCAACUAAAUGCAUAAUAGUGGAUUUACAAUCCCCAUGGGGUCCCUCUCUGAAAGGUUCAAGAUGCCUAGGAGUUUACCCUUAGGGAGCCUCUCACUGCCUCUAGGAAGAGGAGAUUAAAAAGUUAUCUGAUGCUGAGUAGUUUCAACAGACUCUUGUUUGUGGAUUUCUCUCUCACGGCUGGCUCUACCUCUAAGCUUGAUCAUGUUAUAAAGUGAUGAAGUUUACCAGAACAGUUUAGGGACAUUGGACGACAGCUGUACGAUGUGAUAUGAGAUGGAGCAGCAUGAACUAUACUGAUCUUUAUUAUAACAAGAUGGAAAUAUUCAGUGCAACAUAUUACUGUAGUCAGCAGCAUCUGUAGAAAUUCAAGAACCAGUACUUCAAAGGGUAAUAUAUUAUACCUACAAGUGUGCAAGUACGUGAAACAGGAUGACGCAAAAGUCAUGCUGUUUACUAUCCACCAUGACUUAUGUCAGAGUGCCAAAUUCUUCAACUAUGAAAGUAAGGUAUUUCACAUUGGACUGAUUUGGACAUUGUAUAGAGAACUUUUCAUGGUUACAAGACAUUUAAUGAUGAUGAAAUGAAGCUACGAUCAACAACACUGCGAUUCACCAUUCCUAUCAUUCUCCUGCUAUAUACAGGUGUCAUGCUUCUAAUACAACUUGGAAUCCCAAACACUGCAGAUCUCAUGGAGGAAAUCAUUGUCCCUCCGAAUGAUCCAGAUUUGGAUGGAAUUCUGGGUCAGAAGUGGAUCCUCCACAUUCAAAAAGAGGCCCAGCACCUAAAAGUGGAUGCAGAUCACCCUGAUCAAGGCAAAAUCCAUAAUGAAACUCCAGUGAAAAAAAAAUCAGUCUUCAAAAAACUUGGAAGUUUUGUAUAUGUGUUUUCAACAUAUUUGGAAAACAGGAAGCCUGAUAACCACAAAAUACGGAUGCUUGUGUUAAGGAAAAGUAAGGUACGCACUGAUAUACAAUGUCACUUCAGAAUUCGAGGGAAAUUCUACAAAAACAGCAGCGCAACAUACACAGAAAUGAGCGAGAAUCAUGGGAGGCAUUACGGAGGAUGGAUGUACGAGUGUAACAUUCCAAUCUCAGUUCUGUCCGAACACAAACGUCAUCAUACCGAACUCUCUUACAUUUCUUUGUCCUGCAAUGGAGGUCCACUGGUGAAAGUAAAAGUAGGUCCUAAAACGCUAACAAGACCUAAACACAAACAUGCUCUAGGUCUGUGUGUACCUCCAUUGUUUGGGGAGCUCUCUAUCUCAGCUGUGAUCCAAUUUAUUGAGUUAUGGAAGAUUUUAGGUGCUUCUCACAUUACAUUUUAUCUUCAUGAUAUUUCUUCUUCAAUAAGUAGACUCCUAAAUUUUUAUCAGUCAAAGGGGGAGGUAACCCUUCUAAAUUGGCGACUUCCUGACCAUAUACAAAAUACAGAAAUCUGGUACCAUGGUCAACUGCUUGCCAUUCAGGACUGUCUCUAUAGAAACAUGUCACAAUUCCAUUACAUUAGUUUUGUGGAUCUUGAUGAAUUUAUCAUUCCAACCAAAAACUACACACUGCUCGAAAUGAUCCAAGAAAUUGAAUCCUCUGGAAUCUACAGUGACACUCGCAACACUGGGCUGUCAUUCAAAAGUGCAUUCUUUGCUCCCAAUCAAAUUCUUGAUACAGAGCAAUACCUCACCUAUCUGCAACUUCUAGUGCGGACCAAAUACUUUAGUUCUAAGAGAACAAAAUUGAUUGUUCAGCCUCUGAAAGUGGAGGAAAUGGGAAUUCACCAUGUCAGUAGACACUUGAAAGAUUCCAUGUUUGUAACUGAUGUAGACCCCAGCAUCGCUAAGAUCCACCACUAUAGAUCAUGUGCCAAAAACUUUGAGUCAGAUGCGAGGUGUGUGCCUGAAGUCAGGGACAGUACAAUACUGAAAUACUCCAAGAAACUUGUGACCAAUUACAAAAACACCAUCAAGAAAUCACUCUCACUGUUCAUGCCAAAAGACUGAUCAUCUAAUGUAUGCUCAAAUAGUUAUUAUCGCUCAAAACAGGUGUUCAUAUUGCAUUAAUAAAAUAUAUUUUAUAUGCUUGAGAAUGUGAAUUAUUUAUGCAGAAAGUAUUGUAUCAUAUUUUUCUUGCACAUUCUUUAGUCUGCAUCAACAAGACCCAAUGUCUGAGGGUGUGAAUAAUCAUUUUGAAAACACACUGUACAAAGGAAUUAAUUAUCACAUACACACUUGUGUCAAAACAACACCAGAGCCUAGUGUUUUGGCUUGGACAUAUUUUUUUAUUCUUGAAUAAACUUGUAUGCAAUCCUAUUAUAUUAACUGAUUGUCAUGAUAUAAUUGUAUUAAAAGAUAUACCCAAGA